AUGCCGAUAAAUCAUGUGACCAGACUGUCUGUGAUUGGUUCUUGGUUAAUUGUCGAAUUGGUCGACAUAAAUACAAAGGCAAGAUUCAUUUGUUCAGAAAGUGUAAAUGCAGUAAAAUGGAUUGAAGCAACUAGACAAAAAAAUUUGAUACCUGAUCAACGCAGUACAAUUUGUAGUAGGCAUUUUAAAUCAGAAGAUUUUAGCAAUACAACAGUAAGAUUACGUUUAAAACCGGAUGUAGUACCCACUCAAAAUUUAUUUAAAAAUGUUACAGAAACAGAAGUAAUAAAUAUAAGUGAUAUAAAAAAACGGAAAAGUUCAGAUAUAUUAGAUGAGGUAUUGAAAAUCAAAGUCCAGAAAUUCGAAGAAAAUAAUAAUAUGCAAAAUUCUAUUUGUAAACUAGGUCACAAAACAAACGAAAUAAAUGCAAGUGAAAUACAUGAGCAAAAUGAUGUAAAUGAUAUAAGUAUAAGUAGAAUACAUAAGCAAAAUGAUACAAAUACAAGCGAAAUAUAUGAGCAAAAUGAUAUAUUGAAACUAAAAGUCUAA